AUGCCCAAUCCAGAGUGGCGGAGGCAGAGAAGUGACCAACCCUUCAGCUGGCAGAGGGGUGGGAGAGAAAUCACGAAAAGUUUGAGUGCUGUCUGUGCCACUCGCUUUCCAGGAUGGGGAGUAUGUGAUCCUCACUGCGCCUGCUUGGAGACGCUGCCAACCGAUGUCAGUGGCGAUCUUGUGUUUGGUUUUUCACGGGAGACUCAAUUGAAUCUCUCGUUUAUGAUAUUCUAA